UGGGAUAAGUAAAACUGAUUAAUUUCAUUGUUGCAUUCUUGACUCAUCGCAUCCUGUAAGAGGAACAGCGGACGACAGAGAAAUGGCUUGGCUAACCCGAUUUUUAGCGGCGGUGGCUUUUUUAGCCGUCGGAGUUAUCUUUUCACCGGAAACGUUCGGAUCAAAAUCAGCGGGUGAACUAUCUACAUACCUGAAAUUGGCUCACCUGCUCUGCUUCUCCACUGCUUUUGGUGCCGCUCUUUGGGUCACCUUCAUCGGUGGCAUCAUCAUGUUCAAGAAUCUUCCGAGGCAUCAAUUUGGUAAUCUACAGAGCAAGAUGUUUCCUGCAUAUUUUUCAUUGGUGGGUGUGUGCUGUGCAAUAUCUGUGGCGUCGUUUGGGUAUUUACAUCCAUGGAAAUCAGCAUCCUCUGCGGAGAAGUACCAGCUCGGUUUCUUGCUCUCUUCGUUAGCGUUCAAUCUUUCUAACUUGUUUGUCUUUACUCCCAUGACCAUUGAGAUGAUGAAACAAAGGCAUAAAAUGGAACGAGAACUGAACGUUGGAGAAGAAGUUGGGUGGUCAAAGAACCAGGAAGCAGCAAAGAAAAAUCCGAAGCUUAAGGCCAUGAAUAAAAAGUUUGGCAUGAUCCAUGGUUUCUCAUCCCUUGCUAAUAUUAUGUCUUUUGGCAGUCUUGCCAUGCACUCCUGGUACUUAGCAGGUAAGAUGAAUCUGUAAUUGAAGGUAUGGCACUAAAUUUAUUGGAUAGACUUAAGUACUCAAGCUGUGAUUAUUUCUCAACAAUAUGUCAAGUUGAAGAAGCUCCUCAUCUCACGGUUGUUGUAGUGAAGUUUGCAAAUGUGCCUGUUUCAGUAUUAGAUAUGUCUACUUGUCUAGUCAUAAGAUAAUAAUUUUCUUUGAGCUGUUCCAUGGAUAUAUGUUGUAACAUUGUCAAAAAUAUGUCAAUGCCCUUGCUUAGUUUCGAAUACCAGUUCAAUUUCCUCUA